UGUGGGGCCGGGACGCGGCUGCUGGAGGCCGUGCGGGCGCGGGCGGGGCUGGUGAGCUUGCGGCUGCUUGGGACGUUUCCGGCCCGAGCGUUCCAGCCGCGCUGGCGCUGGGCGAGCCGGCUCGCUCCUCACGGAGGGGCCGCCGCCUACGCGCAGCCCUGGGCUCGCUUGGAUGCUAGGCAGAGAAGCCAAGUUCCAAUCAUGGCAGCUUACACUUGCAUCACUUGUCGUGUGGCUUUCAAGGAUGCUGAUAUUCAACGUGCUCAUUACAAAACUGACUGGCACAGGUAUAACCUGAAGCGGAAGGUCGCUGACAUGCCUCCCGUCACUGCCGAGAACUUCCAAGAGCGCGUCCUAGCGCAGAGGGCAGUGGCAGAGGAGCAGGGCAAAAUCACUGCCACAUACUGUACAGCCUGUAGCAAGCGGUUCUCCACUUUCAAUGCUUAUGAGAAUCACCUGAAGUCCAAGAAGCACCUGGAGCUUGAGAAGAAAGCUGUUGAGGCCAUCAGCAAGAAGGUUGAAACCUUAAAUGAGAAAAACCUGGAGAAGGGGCUGGUUCCUGAAAACCUAAACAAAGAUGCUAUGAAUGCAGCCAUUCAGCAAGCCAUCAGGCCCCAGCCAUCUUCCUCGCCAAAGAAGAUGCCCUUGCUUCCCGUUGACACAAGCAGCUCUCUAGCUCCUGCUGGAGGUCCCAGUCUCUCUCAAAGCAGAGAGCGACUGGAAAAGCCUCCUCGGAUCCAGUGGUUUGAACAACAGGCAAAAAAGUUGGUCAAACAGCAAGUAGAACAGGAGGAAGAAGAUGAAGAUAUGGAGGAAGAAGGCUGGGAGGAUGUGGAUUCAGAUGAAGACUUAGACACUGAAGGUGCUGAGAUGGAAGAUGAUGAGCAGGUUGACACUGAAGGAACACCAGCCAUGGGUGCAAUACCAGCCAUGGACUGCUUGUUUUGUCUUCACCAUUCAAGCUCUCUCAUGAAAAAUGUGGCCCACAUGACAAAAGUCCACAGUUUCUUUAUUCCAGAUAUAGAAUACCUCAUGGAUCUCAGAGGGCUGAUUAAGUACUUGGGAGAGAAAGUUGGCAUUGGGAAGAUCUGUCUGUGGUGUAAUGAGAAGGGUAAAUCCUUCUACUCGACAGAAGCUGUGCAGGCUCACAUGAAUGACAAAAGCCACUGUAAGCUCUUCAUAGAUGGGGAUGCAGCCUUGGAAUUUGCAGACUACUAUGAUUUCAGGACCAGUUACCCUGAAUACAAGGAAGGGGAGGAUGCGGAAAUGUGUAAAGAUCUCUCAUCAGAGAAAAAUUUAGAAUACGACGAUGACACGAUGGAGCUGAUUCUCCCUUCAGGUGCCAGAGUUGGUCACCGUUCUUUGAUGAGAUACUACAAGCAGCGCUUUGGUUUGUCAAGAGCAGUGGCUGUUGCUAAAAAUAAGAAGGCUGUGGGCAGGGUGUUGCAGCAGUACAAGGCUUUGGGCUGGACCAGUGGGACAGGGGCAGCAUUAGCACAAGAGCGUGACAUGCAGUAUCUGCAGAGGAUGAAGGCUAAGUGGAUGCUGAAGACAGGAAUGAGUAACAACGCUACGAAGCAGAUGCAUUUUCGGGGGCAGGUCCGGUUCUGAACCCUCCCCCCCGGCGCUGUAUGGAGCUGCUGUUAUGGGAGGAGAUUUUGGUAGUUUCUGGCAUGAGGAUUCAGAAUCCAAAUGGGCCUGGUUCCUGAUCAAUUGAUUCUUCAGUGCUGGAGGUCUUCCUCCUCUCUGACGAGCUCUGGAGACUUCAUCUAGUCUAAUGACCUGAUGGUUGGCCUAUCAAAUUUUAAAUUAACGUAUCUUGAAGGAUGUGGUAAGGGUAGUCACCUCUGUUUUAAUUACAUUAUGUGCAUCCUUUUAUUGUUCUUCUGCAGCAGAUCCUUGUUAACAGAUGGUUUUCUGGUGCCUUAAUCAUAUUACAGAAAACUGGAAAUUUCAGAGGUGGGAGGUGGUAGAGAGGGAGCUGAGGUCAAAUUUCUACACAUACAAACCAGAGAACUGUAAGGCAGGAGACCAGUCCUUUAGCUCUUUCAGAUUACUGUGGAAAGUGGUUUCCCUUUAUAUGUUUGCAAAAGAUUAUUUAGAGCUGCAUUUAUAGACUUUUUAAACUCUCACUGUAUCAAGCUGUCGUGCAAAAGGCACUUUAACCUGGUGCAUUAAAAAUCCUUCCUUGGGUGUGUAUUCAGGAAAGCUUUUUGGAACACUGAAUUUUCAGCAUGUGGAAAGUGACAAGUAAUCUGUUCAGUUGUAUUCAGAUUGUGGAGGGAUUUUGGUUCCAAUUGUUUGAAGGGAGGACUGGCUGAAAUCCUAAUUCCAGUGCUUUGGAUGAUGAAUAUUUUUUUUUUUACCCGUAAAAUUCAGCCUACUAUCCCUUGUUUCCAGAGAACGUUGGGAGGUGGGGCAGGGGAGGAGGUUGAUUAAAAACAUUACAGUGCUCCAUUUAGGCUUUAAUUUAAAAAAAAAAAAUUUCACAUGCACACUUACAAGCUUGAAUGCUUGAAAUAUUCAUUUAAGCAUGUGCCUUUCUAUUAUUUUACCUCCUGCAGGCCUCUAAUGGAUUGUUAAGGUUACACUAAUGACUUUACUGAUUAACUCCAAUAUUUCAUCUUGUGCUCUACUCCUAAAAACCUGUCCCUGAUCUGCUCUUGUACUGUUCUGUAUCAUCUUAAUAAAAAUGUAUGCAAAUGCCAGGUCACCAUUUAGAUGCACCUGGAGCUUUUCAAAAGGAUUGGCUAUAAAGAAGUGUCCAAACAAAAUAAGGAUUCUUCUGAACCAGCCAA